AUGGGCAAUGUCGGUAGCAGGCAGGGCGAGGGAGAGCCUCUAUACUUGCGCGACCAGAAUCGCUUUUCCAUCGCCAACGUCGUCGUCACCAAUGCGCGCGGCCGCAUCCUGCUGAACAUCUCGCCGAACGCUUUCCCGUCAACGCGCUACAACGUGAGGAGGGACAUAGGCGAUGACACGAUAGUGGAUUAUGUUCAGGACCCCGAGACCUUACCAGGCAUGGCACCCAAUUUCCUGCUCCGGCUGUCAAACGACGAGGAACUAUACUUUAAUUUUACUUUUGUUGUCAGGCAAUCAUCUUCCCCUCUCUACGACCCGACCAGGCCCAGCGCGCCGCAUGCGGUAGACACGAUGAUCAACGGCCUGACCUACGUUUUUGCGCCUAGCAGCAGAGAGCUUGAUAACUUGGUCACGAGAGAAUUUCACAUGGACCCGAACUUGCACAAGAAUCCGAACGUGGAGUUGGUCGGCGACUAUGCUACCCUGGGUAAUCAAUCAGUACAGUUUCAAUGGACUUGGAAAUGGCGGCCACCGAGGGCAACGGAGGACCGGGGUGGUGGCUGGCGGAACAGCUGUAGCUUUGUGGAAUACGACCCACGAGCUCAUAGGCUAGAUACGUUGGCAAGCUUCUCGUUCUGGGUGCAAAACACACAGCGUUUUAACAGCCCAAAAACGCCGUCGCCUAUGCUUGAGCUAAACGUACCACCCAGAUUACGAGUCCCGUCCGCGCAGUCAAUGGAGUCUCGAGUGAGCGAUUCCAAUGAGAGUGAGUACAGAGAAUUGCCUUCGUCGCCCAUGGUAGAGGCUUUACAAGAAAACACAUUGAACUUGGUGCCUACUUACACGAGCGCCUUGAGUGGCGGCACGCUCGGUGGUACUGGCGCAAUAAAGGUCGACUUGUCCUCCCAAAGACCCGGUGAAGAUAUCAGCACUCUAGAUGAUGGCCCGGUCUUCCGUGCGAAUCUCAAGAACUAUGAAAAGACCACCGUUGAUAUGCGCGGAAAGUGGAAGAAAGUGCUCAAGAAAGCGGAAGCCACCCUCGAUGCUCAGAUGGCCAACAACAAUGCAGUGUCCGAGUUGAUCGACGCGCUUAAAGAAACAUCAACUUCGAACACCAGUUCCGUGCAACCUGCGAUAGACCAUUACUUCGACAAGAUUGCGCGCGAGAUCUUGGCUUACGAGAAGUUGAAUACCAUCAAUGUUCAGAAGCUAAUCAUUGAUCCAAUUUCUAAAAUGUAUAAUGUGGAUAUCAAGCAAGCGGAGGCGAAAAAGAAAGAUUUUGAAGACGAGAGCAAAGAGUACUAUGCCUAUGUCAGUCGCUACCUUGGCCAGCGACAGGAUACGAUGAAAGAAAAGAGGCGCAUCGAGACCGACAUGAAGUAUCAAUCCAAGCGACGCAACUUCGAACUGAAGCGUUUCGAUUAUUCCUCGUAUAUUCAAGACUUGAAUGGAGGAAGAAAAAACCAGGAGGUGCUAUCUUAUUUGACGAAAUAUGCGGACGCCCAAGCCAAGGGCUUCAUGGCCACGGCAGAAAAAAUUCGGAGCAUGCUUCCCCAGCUCGAAGCGCUUACCUCCGAGGUCAAGGAAGCCGACAAAGAAUUCCAAUUUCAGAGGACCGAAAGAGAAGUGAAGCGGAGAGCCCUAGAGAAGAGCGCAACAGCAUACAAGGAACCAGAAGUUUUGGCUUUCGCUCAAGCAAACGGCGGGCCGGGGCCGAUCAGUGAAGAGCAUGGACGAUCCAACAGCGUUGCCCCCACGUUCAAGACCAUUCUCAGCCCGCCCCCAUCGCUAGGAUCACCGCCUGCGACAGCAACCGUGCCGACGACUCCGGGCCUUUCUGGCCUGCCACCCGUUCUUUCGGGAAGUAGCCCUGGUCAAAACAAGUUCAAGGGCAUUCGUGACUUGGAAGAUAAGCAAGGUGAUGGCUCAGACAGCCUGCACCCUCCCCACAAAGAAGGCCUUUUGUGGGCACUCAGCAAACCAGGAAGCCACAUUGACCCUAAGGGCUUGAACAAACAGGCUUGGCAUAAGUUUUGGAUAACUGUUGGUGAGGGAAAGUUGUCGGAAUAUUCGGACUGGAAAAACAAAAUGAACCUCCACAUGACGCCGAUCGAUCUUCGUGUAGCCUCCGUACGGGAAGCACGUAAUGCGGAGCGUCGAUUUUGUUUCGAGGUCAUCACCCCGCAAUUCACCCGUGUGUAUCAAACCACUAGUGAAGAGGAUCUCAGGACUUGGAUCAGCGCGAUCAACAAUGCGCUGCAAAGUGCGGUUGAGGGCAAGGCCAUGGCUGAACCGCCUCCCGAGGCCAUGGAUCGCUCAACUCGUAGGGAUAUUGCAUCCGUCCUUACUGGAAAGAGCACGUCUCUGUCUGGUCACCGUCAUCAGAUGAGUGGCUCCAAGCCUCCAUCACGGCAUGCUACUGUCGGCGAUAAGCCGGCGUACAGGAUCGCCGAGACCAACAUGGGAGAAUCUAUCAAGCUCCUGGAACAAAUCCGCGAAGUCGAUGCCGGCAACAAGUACUGUGCCGACUGCGGCUCGGAGAACAAAGUUGAUUGGGUUUCUAUCAACCUCGGCAUCGUGGUGUGCAUUGAGUGCAGUGGAAUCCAUCGCUCGUUAGGCACGCACAUCUCCAAGGUGCGCUCGCUCACUCUUGACAUCCAUUCCUUCACGCAGGACAUUAUCGAGUUGCUGUUCACGAUCGGCAACCGAGUCAGCAACAUGAUUUGGGAAGCACGGCUUGAUCGGUCUCAGAAGCCCGGGCCAGUGUCGACGCGAGAGCAUCGUCUUAGGUUCAUCAAGCAAAAGUACGAGGAGCGCGCAUUUGUGGAGCCAAUCUCGUCGACCCUCUCACACUACUCCACCGCGGACGAGACCCUCAUCGCAUCUAUCAAGAAGAACGAUAUCCAGAACGUGCUGUACGCCCUCGCCCUCCGCGCAAACCCUAACGCAGCCGACAAGUCCCGCAACACACCCGGAGUAUACCUCGCUCUCACCGCAGCGGACCCCGUGUCGCCAUCUGCCGUGGCGUCGCCCGCAAACUCGCCCGGCCACCCACCACCAGGCGGCCCAUCGACCGGCAGGAAGACCUUCAUUGUCGCCGAGCUACUUCUCCAAAAUGGAGCAGAGCUUCCCUCGACACCCUCACCCUUCCCGCUCAGCAUGUCGGCACGCCUCUACCUCGAGCAAAAAGAAGACCAGCGCACAGGCCGGCGGCCCGGCGCCAACGCCUUGGCGCCAGGGAACCCGGGCGCGGGCGGCUCGAACUCGACGGCGAAUCACCCGAGCGGGGACACGAUAACGGCGCUGCCGACGAUAAUGGCAGGUAACGGGAGCACACCAGGCGAGCGGGCGCGCGAGCGCGACGCGCGGCUACAAAAGCGCGUGUCGGCUGGCGGGAGGCUGAUGAAGACGGACGAGGGUGGGCACGGCGGCGGGCGGCGGAUGUUCUGA